UUUUUUUUAUGAAUCGAAGCACAAAACGACACUGAACUCUGGCAGUGGUGGACGCGUCCAUAAAAAAUUGGUGAAAAUUUAUCGCAGGCUCGCCACUUUUGAAAAUUAUAGUGUGAUAACAUAUCGGGGAAAACUAAGUAAAAACUGUUGUGCGGAAGUUAUUUCGAUGUGAAAAAGACUCGGAUUGAACCGCAAUUUCAAUGGAAGAAAACAUACGCAUACUAUUUCAGCGCAGCAGAAGAAGGAAAAGUUUUGAUCGAAUCUAGUGCGAAUGUUGGAUGGGUGAGUUUGGCAGUGUAUUUUCCUCUGUGUCGGUGUGCGUGAAAUCAUCGCAGAAACAGAACAGUGCCUCUGAUUGGUCGAAUUUUUGACAGGCGCUAAGAGCAGAAUUUGAUAUAUUUCGAUAAGGUUUAAUAAUUUUUCUGAUAAGGACUCUUACUUCCUAGAAUGAGUUUUCACGGCGUGAAAAGUGUUAAAAUUUGAAACGAAACAUGUCUUUUUGUGUAAAUAAUAAUAAAUAAUCAUUGGUGUGCAAAGGUGAUCGAAGGUAGCGUACCAGCACAAGAUGGCGUCUGCCUCAACAGCCAAUCAGCAUCGAGCUUCUAUGCCCUGCGUACAGGAUGAUGAUUUUUCAUACGUUUUCGCGUCAUCGUGCACCACAGUGGUCAAAAUUUAGUGCGUCCUCUUCGUAGAAGGUACGGAAUAAAACUCAAGCCACUAAGUAAGAACGAGAGUGCACAAUUUUUGGCUCGCGCUGAGGAAAAUCUAUCAAAUUCAAGCUCGCGAACAACAUUCUGACAUGUUUCGGAUGGAAUAUAGUGGAGGAAGCAAUAAAGUAGUGGAAUUGUCCGGAAGUGAUUCUGAAAAUAUCUGAUUUACACUGAUUGUAUAGCAUUCAUCAUCAGCUCACAUUGCUGUGCACACCCAACAUAUCGCUGCGCAUCCACAAUUAACUGCACUCGAACGGACAAAGCAAUAAAAUUAUAACCAAUGAGUAGCCGCAAAUCAGCGGCAGCAGCUGCUGCCGCUGCCGGCGAGGGGCCAUCCACCGGCAAAAGGCGUGGUCGACCACCGAAAUCGCAAUCGACCACGAUGGAGCGACCUAAGAGUAAAUUUCAAUAUCAUUUGUUGAAAAAACCCAAAUAUCUCUGCAAGGAUGGAGCGGAUUCCCGCUUCAGUACACCCUCCGCUUCGAGGGCUUCCUCGCCACAAGGCAGCGAAGAGAGUAGACCAUCCUCGUCGCGCCGAAGGCCCGCAAAGACGCCCAGAUCGGCAAAAUCGGCUUCGAGAGGAAGAGCCUCGACCAGUCGCGGGAGGGCCGUGAGUGGACGCAAAAGCUACACUUACCACGAAUCAGAAUACCACUACGGAUCGGAUUUUGGCGACGACAGUGACAAGAGUGACGCGUACGAUGAUUCGCUACGGUCGGCUAGCGAAUCGGAGGACAGUUUAGCUAACGAGUCGGAUUCAGACUUCUCGAUUCACAGCUUUGGCGUCGGGGGUAGUGUUUGUCAGAAGGAGCCCUCACCGGAUCCGAUAUGGCUGCAGGAGCGAGAGUAUCCCCCUCUGGAGUUACCGGGCUCGUCGGAUGAUUUGUUAGUGUCGAACAGUAUAGUUCUGAAAGCAACGGCAAUUUAUGAAAUUAUCAGGCGGUUCAGGCAUUUGGUGCGGUUAUCCCCGUUUCGGUUAGAGGAUUUUUGUGCGGCAAUAACGUGUGACGACGAAAGUCCACUGCUGAUGGAAAUACAUAUAAUGUUACUGAAGGCAGUCCUGAGGGAAGAGGACUCUCAGCAGACGCACUUUGCGCCGUUGGAUCAGAAAGAUAGUGUGAACAUAGCGCUCUAUCUGAUAGACUGUGUCACGUGGCCGGAAGUGCUCCGUAGCUAUAUAGAAAGUGAUUCAAGUUUAGAUCAAAAUGUAUUGAACGUACUCAAUCAGAAUGAGUAUCCGUUUGUUGCACCAGAGAAGAGGCUACAAGUGCUCCAGUUUUUAACAGACCAAUUUUUAAUAACAACAACCGUACGUGACGAUAUGCUCCAGGAGGGUCCAAUUCAUUAUGACGAUCAUUGCCGUAUUUGUCAUAGAUUGGGGGAUUUGCUAUGCUGCGAAACCUGUCCAGCCGUGUUCCAUUUGGAGUGCGUUGAUCCACCUCUGGAGGAUGUUCCCAGCGAAGAUUGGCAGUGUAAUUUAUGCAAGCUCCACAAGGUAUCAGGGGUGAUGGAUUGUAUAUCGAAUCAAGAGAAGCAGGGAAUGCUUUGCAGACAGGAAUUGUUAGGAUACGACAGACAUGGUCGUAAAUAUUGGUUCAUCGCGCGAAGGGUCUUCAUUGAGACAGCCGAUUCAGAGGAGGUGUGGUAUUUCAGUACCGUUAAGCAGUUUGAACAUUUGCUUUCUAAAUUGGAUCCCCACGAAUACGAAACGAAUUUGUAUAAGGAGCUGGAUGAUAAAAGAGAUGAAAUUAUCAGGCAGAUGACAAUAACGGAAAAUAUUACCAAUCAGCACAAGGGCAACAAAAAAUCCUAUAUUGAGGUGGACAAUCAAAGAUUGGCGAAAUUGUUGGCUAAUCCGGGUAUUGAGCAAGACGAGAGCAUGGAUGUUGACGAUGCGAACAGUGAAAGUCGCGAGGCUAGUGAAAAAUCCCAAAGUGAUGCUAACGGGGGUGAUUCUUCCGGCAGAGAAGAGGAUGAUUCCCAAUCUGGGAAUGACAAACACAUCACCCGGUUAAAAACUGGCUCAAUAACUCCUCGCACACUCAGUGCCGGAGAUGUGAGAAGAAAUAACUCCAUAACCAAAGAGGACGACAGUACGCGUGUGACGCGACACAAACUUAGCCAGCUGUCGAACGGAACGUUGUACUUCAAACUUGGUAUGGACAACGGGUUCAAAACAUACGUCAAUCAGUACAGCAGCAAUCCAAUCGCGUUGAACAAACCACAGAGAAAUGAGGAACGCGACAAGAAGCGUCAUUUGUCGCACAAAUUUUCCCUUACUCAAGCAUCUGAGUUUAAAUGGUUGGGCGGUGGAAUGUACUGCAGCCAGGCGCAAAUCGUUUCCACGAUUAAGCAGACAAUUAUUGCCUUGGAGCAAUCGAUCGCGUCGCCCUUCCUGCACCAAAAUUGGGCAAAGCUGAGGAAAACUUGGAUCAAUGCAAUAAGUACCUGUACCAGGGCCAGUGAUUUUGCACGAAUCAUUUGUAUUCUGCAAGCUUGCAUGAGGGGGGUAGUUUUUGCGAGCGUGUGGCACGAACAGUUAGGCCAUAGCAAAAUGUGCAGGAUCACUUCGGCGGAGAGGGAGGAAAAGAAAAAGCUGGAAAAACGGGAAAAGCGCGAACGAGACGACGAGGAGGAGCGAAAUAGAAUGACAUUCAAUUUUGUCAAGUACUCACUUGGACUGAAACAUCAGGUGUGGAAACAGAAGGGUGAAGAAUAUCGCAUACAUGGUCAGUGGGACUGGGUUUGGUUGUCGUAUGGUCGCAGAAAGAUAAAGACCGAAUGUGGUCGACAAACGAAUGAAGUUGGCCACGUGCUGGUACCGAUUGUGGCAGAAGUGCAUAAGCAAUUGCUCAAGCUAGACGUGCGGACAUUUGAGGCGUAUCGUGCAUAUCUGAAUGGCAGCAAGGAGCUGGACUUUAUGACCGACAACGAAGCAGUCAACAGUCAGUUGUUGGAAAAGUUCAAUCAAAUUGAAUCAUUCCACGUGCCCGAUUCAUUUGGAACGAUUGAUGUUUCGAAGGCACUUUCCACACCGGGCGGUAGAGUUCUUUAUCCAAAAAUUGCUCGAAAAGCUUCCGUUUUGGAUGGUUUGCUGCAGAGGCGAAUGGAUUUGAAGGAAGCAGAGGAACGCAAGUUCUCCAAUGUAAAGGAAGAAGAGGAUGACAUUGAAGUGAAUGUUAUUCAAAAGCCAGAGACUCGCCUUCCUAAAUGGGGAACAUGCGCCGAGAAGCAGCUCCAAGCGAUAAUAAAUUAUCGGAGUAAUGCGAAAAAUUUGAAUCAAGAUGCGAAUGGGUCCCAUAGUGGGUCCAAUACGGAUCAGUUGAACUCUGUAGUCCAGAGAAUACUACCCCUUCGAGACAGAUACAAACAGAUGGAGCAAAUGCUGAAUUUCUACAGGUGUUAUUCCUUGGACUGUGUAAGAGAUGAUGGGUGCUUUUCCCCUAUGUGUGUUCAGAGACGACUUCUAAAAGAAGAGCUACUUCCGUUGUUGAAAACAGUUCAGACUUUGGAGAACACACCAGCAUCAAAUACCGCUUCUGGGGGAGCAAAAUCUAUCCUGGAACAGAAACUCACCGAAAAUAAGUCAGAAGAUUUCGACGAUAUGCUCGCUAGUUUCACGAUGAACCGAUAUCGGGCCAUUCUGGAUGAUUGGGAAAGUGCUCAUCGGAACCUCAUCCAAUAUGAUGAACAGUUCGUAGAGUCAAUGGCAGCUCCAAGAAUGGAAGAUGAGCAUAAUAAUAAUAUUAGCAAUGAGGUGGAAAUCAAAGCAGAAGAAGCUCCAGAUUUGGUGGUUAAGGAGGAAAUUGUGAGCACUGAUAACGAUGUCCACCUUAAUGGCUCUGGUCAUCGUGUCGACAGUUUGAAGAUGAAUGAAGAGAGUUCCAAUUCCAUCUCGGAAAACUCCUGUGAUGAACCGAAAUUAACAAGACGUGGUCGCCCAAGAAGUAACAAGCAUAGUUUGGUGACGGUUGAUGAGCCGGUGGUUAAGGUCAAAGAGGAACUAAUAAUACCUCCAAAAAGGGAGCAUAAGCCCAAUAGGCGAUUCGCUCUCCCUUCGCGCAGCAUCAAAAAAGAAGAACCCGAAGAAAAAGAAAUGGCUUCAAACGGGAGUGUUCGAGUGUUUUCGGUAAGCUCAACCAAGGGUAAAAUUUAUCUCAGCAAAAAUCUCGCACCUGAAACAAAGAUAAAAAGUGAAAGUAAGGCGUCAGCGCCGGUGAAACCAAAGUAUCCAGCUGUGAAUUAUUUCCGGACUCGAAAGCAAACUACCUCUAUGAUUGUUCUGCCUAGGAAUGAAUUGAUGAAACUAGGUCGUAUCGGAGGUCGCCUUCCCGUGGCCGGGUUUCAUCAUAUGGCCAAAAAUAACAAUACAGUGUGGCCUUACCCUUGCGCAAGACCACUGUUCAAAACCUGUUGGCUUUAUCGCACUUUGAAUGCAAACACACUGUCAGCCAUCGGACUGCAGCUGAGAAUAAUUUGGACUUGUUUGCGAUGGGAUGAUAUGGCCAUGAAACCAGUGACCACUGACGGAAAACAUCAGGUUACAACCGAAUCCGAGAUAAUGUCAUUGGAGAUCCUCAAACAUCGGUAUGUUGGUGUUUUCAAUGAAAGAAUGCAGUACCUGAGAAGAAAGGUGGUUAUUCCGCUAGAGCUACCAAAAACGGUCAGAGAGGUGCAAUCGAUCCGUUCUGGUCUUCGAAAAAGGAAGCGCGCUGAAUCUCCCCAGCAAACCGAGCCCCAAGUCUCCGAGGAAUGGAUUGACGAGGACAAGUUGGAGCUAUGGGAGAUCAAACUUUAUGGUGAAAAACAGGAGAAAUUAGCUGCAGCCCAGGUUCUACCAAUAACUCGAACGAGCACAGGAAAGCUUCCACCAACCCGUCACAUCACAUCGUCAUCUGGCGAUUCGUCGAACUCAUCAACACCGACCAGCAAUGGUAAUAGUGCCUCAGGUUCCAGUUUGGCGAACAAAUCGGCCAUCAUCUCUAGUAAGGCCUCGAGGGAGGAAAUAACCGAAAAAAUGGAACAACAACUCCGGUUACAGCGGGCAGCACAUAAUCAAAAGCGUGCGAUGGAACUCAAACAGCAACAAGAUGGUGCAACCCCACCGAAACAGUCCAUUGUUCAGCGCCGUAUUAUUGUGAAAAAUCCGGACGGUACAACGAAGAUUAUUCAACAGAACAUAACUCAAUCUUCACGGUCUGCUUCUGCAUCAACUUCCCAGCCGAACCAAAGGCAGCAGUCUCCCGCGCCCGCUAAACCAGAUGGUCCGCAAAAAGUGCAAAUCAUUCGUGGCCCAGAUGGGAAGGUUAGCGUUCGUGGUCUGAACCCUGGGCAACAACUGAUUCAAACGCCUGACGGAAAGCUACAUGUUCUAAGCGCAGCCUCUGGAUCAAACUCAACAGCGGGCAAGCAAGCAAUUGCCACUAAAGUGGGACAAAAGAUCAUCACGAAAGUGGCCACCGGUGGUGGUAGUACAAGUGGUGCAACGACUGUUGCGUCGGCUUCCCCAGUGACUACUACAUCUACGGUUCAGUCACCGCCGCCACAAGCGUCGGUACAACAGACAGUUGCAUCAACGGCGACAGCGACGGCUACCACCCAGCAGAUUGUGAACAAACCAUCCAAUAUCGUCGUCAGGAACCAAGCUGGACAGCCGAUUAAACAGAUCAUCCAGAAACAGGUCGUACAAAAGGUGCAAGCCACGAGUACAACCACCCAGCAGCAGUCUCCUCCACCACAGAAGAUCAUCAUUAACAAUUCUCAGGGAACGGUACAGAAAAUAAUUUCAACCGGUGGCCAGCUCCUCGCAACGGCUGGAAGCCCUGUGCAGAAAGUCGUAUCCCAAUCCAAUUUGCAACAACUAUUACAAGGGACCGGACAGAAAGUAAUUGUUGAGCAAAAUCCCAGCCACAGUCCUGUUCAGACGCAAAAAGUUCUACUGGCCACUACAGCUGCCGGACAAACGGUUCAAAAGCAAAUUCUAAUUCAGAACGCCAACACCGGGACACCCCAGCAAAUUAUCAUCAAUCAAGCAGGCGGACAAAAGGUAGUGCAGCAGAUUGUAGCAACUCCAGGUCAGCAGAUAAUGAUCGGCGGACAGCGAAUAAUACUUAACCCUGGGGGUCAGAAGAUUAUCAGCAAUCAACCAAUUCAAAUUCAGCAGACUCAACAGGUUCAGCAAGCUCAGCAACCUCAGAAGGUACAGCAAGUGCAUCAGCUGGUUACAACACAACAGGCAACCCAACAACCACAGCAAAUUCAGAUUCAAAUUCAACAACCAGUGGCUCAGCAGCAGCUACAGUCUCAAGUGCAAACUAUCCAAACUCAACCUGCGACGCCGCUCAGCCAGGGACAGAGCCUAGCACAGCAAUUAUCUAGUGGUAAACUUCAGCUUGCCAACCUUAAUGGCCAGCAAGUGCUGAUACGACCUUUGGGCAAUAAUCAGGCACAAGUUGUAGCUCAUAUCAAGACCCAACCAAACGGUACGGCACAAAUCAUUCCUCUAGCAAACGCUGUUGAUCCACCGACGUCGACCCAACCACAAUCCCAACAGCAAGUGCAGCAAGUAGUACAAUCAGCGCCCGUUCAGCAAACCACGGCCAUCCAGCAAGUUGUCCAGCAACCAUUGGCGCACACCACGGUCGUUCAGCAGACACUGAAUACGUCCGGUGGGUCACAAACAACUUUCCAGCAAAUUGCAGCUUCUCCCCAGCAACAUCAGCCCGAUCCUGUGGAGCAGACUCUGCUACAGGGUCAGCCACCGGGAACGGUAAUAAAAUGUGUCACAGCACAAGUUAUCCAAACUCAGCAGGGGCCGAGGAUUGUGCUUCAGGGACUGCAAGGGUCCGAAUUUACUCCCCAGCAGUCGGCACUUGUUCAACAACAGGUCAAACAGCAAUUGCUGAAAGCACAAGAAUCCAACGGUAAACAGGGUGUCCUCGGACCCACCAAGAUAUACCUUGCAAUACAACCAUCCCAGCAGCAGCAGGCAGUAAACGCUCAGCCACCUCCGUUGGCACCAGUUCAGAUCAAACAUGACGGUGGCACCACUCAGAUCCAACUGCACCAGCAAGCCGACUCCACCGUAACGACUACGACUCCAACGAUGGAUGAUCCUGAACUGCCGGCACCCGGUUCCCUGAUAACCACAACGACCACCAUCAAAACAGCUGCCAGUACUAGCAGUAACGACAACAAGCCUCAAAUUCUGUCCAAUAUUGUGAUUAAUGGAGGUAACACGGCAGUCAUCAAUCCGAUGGUUAAAAAAGAGCUACAAAAGGUCCUCGCCACUAACUUCAAUCGACAAAACUUGCUAACCAUACAGGGUCAGCUACAUUCUGGCGAUCAAUUGGAUCCGACGGGUGAGGGGCCUACUUCUCCAUCCACGAAGGUGGACAGCAUAUCAGAGAGGGACGCUAACAAAGGAUCGGUGGAACAAAACGACUCGUUUGUGGUUACCCCAGAUUACAUUCAGCAAACCAUCAAAAAUGCGUUGAAGCAAGAAAAUCUGAACCCAGAAAUAGAGGAAAAACUAUUGAAUCUGCAACGAUACCAGGAAAAACAAAUGAAAACGGACGAUCGCACAUCCGCCAUUGCUCUACAACACAACUACAGCAGUUUGAGCUCUUCGCGAGAACACGUGACUCCGGUGAAGGCAAAAAAGCGACCCUGUCGUGGUGAAGAUGACGAUGAUGAAUGGAUGCUGGAUACGCCGAAACGUCGACCUACCAAAUCCAGUGGGAGCUUGUUGGGUUCCAUUGAGCGGAAGCCACCAGUCCUUGACAUCGUUCCCAGCAGCAGUCGAAUGCGAACCGUCUCGCAGAGCGAAUCAGUUUCUCCCACGGCGGCAACAGUCACUACCACAGCUGCGGCGGUAUCACCUGUUUGUACUGCAAAGGAUAUCGGGGUGGGGUCGUUCGAAGAGUCUACACCUGGGGCCCACGUACGGUCUGAUGUGGGUCGUAGAAAUAUUGAAAAGAAGAAGCAACAGCAAUCGAUUCUGCAGCAACAGCAGCGACAGAACAAAUUGCAGGUACAAAUCCAGAAGGAGCUUUCCGUGGAGUUGGCAGCCCGAUGCAAGCAGGAACAGCAGAUCAAGCAGGAGAACAGUGCGAAGCAUACUGUCCCGGUGGUUCCAGCGACAUCGACGGAGAAAUGUGGUUCCCUUAAGAGAAAAACCGCUAUGGUAGCAUCCAAGGAGAAUAAUCAAAAGACACAAAAGCAUACAAUCAACACCAGCAAGUCCGACCGGGCGUCUAAAACGAACAAUAAGCGGAUGUCGAAGAAAAAGGAGAAGAUUUAUUGUCUCUGUCGGAAGCCUUAUGACGAAACGAAGUUUUAUGUUGGUUGCGACCUCUGCAACAAUUGGUUCCACGGGGAUUGUGUUGGUAUCUCGGAGGAACAGUCGAAAGAAAUCAAUGAAUUCAUCUGUAGCGAGUGUAAACAUGCCCGGGAAACGCAAGAGCUCUACUGCUUAUGCAAGCAGCCAUAUGAUGAGUCCCAAUUCUAUAUUUGCUGUGAUAAAUGCCAAGAUUGGUUCCAUGGUCGAUGCGUGGGAAUACUGCAAAGCGAGGCGGAAUACAUCGACGAGUAUAUCUGUCCAAAUUGUCAGAUAAAUAACUCGGUAAAUUUUGCCAAUAUGAAAACACUGAGUAUAAAAGAAUUUGAAAACCUCAAAAAAUUAAUUAAGCAAAUACAGCAACACAAAAGUGCAUGGCCUUUCAUGGAACCUGUUGAUCCGGAUGAAGCACCGGAUUAUUACCGUGUUAUCAAGGAACCGAUGGAUCUACAAAAAGUGGAAAGCAAGGUGAACAGCCAGACGUACAACACCCUGUCGGAGUUCAUUGGCGAUAUGACAAAAAUUUUCGACAACUGUCGCUAUUACAACCCAAAAGAGUCCCAGUUCUACCGGUGUGCCGAAAGUUUGGAGUCGUUUUUUGUACAAAAAAUCAAAUUUUUCCGUGAAAACUUAGUUGAUAAGAAGGCCGGCUCCUCUUCGUGAAUGCAAUUGUUCUGAAUUUCAUCUAUAUGCCCUUUUUGAAAAGUAUCGUUUAGGCACAAUAGAAGGAAUUUUCAUUCUGAAUUACACAAAACUAUAGUUGCUGUAGAAUUGAAUUCACUUUUAAACACACACACAUGUUCUUUAUUCAGUCUAGCGUGGACCGUUCUAUUCCACACCCAUUUGCUAAGUUGUUUUCACAGCUGAACUUGUUCGGCUGUGUUUCGUACAUACCUUGAACUAUAAGUCUAGGGAUUAAUUUAUUGAAAGAAACAAUAGGUUUAAGACAAACUGAAUGAUGCUGAUAAUAGAUUUCAGUUGUGGACAAACUGUAAAUUAGUUACGUGUAAGUAGAGUACCGCAACAUAUAGGAAAGUAUGAAUGAAAUUCGGCGGAAAAUAUCAAGGAAAUGCGCUUGGAUUUAUUCGUCGUUAAUAAGAGAUGCGAAUGAGAAUAUUAGCCUUAUGGUUUUUCAAUAGCAUUGUUUUUUUUUUAAAUCCAACAGAGAGAUAAUCCGUUUUGUUGUAACAAUAAAUUAAUGUGUCAUUUUGCUCUUGUCAUGCCAAUACUAUUGUUAAAAGCUUUUUAAUUGGCUAAUACUUUGUUUAUAUUAGAUUACGCAUGGUUAUAUACAUUUUGCACAUAUUGAAUACACACAUAUAUAUUUUUUUAUUUUACUUCUCCAAAUGCUACAAAUACCACCACCAAAUACCAACAUUUUACUUUUAAAAAAGUUUCAAAUUAAUACAACACAGUGAGGACAGUUUCUUUUAAAGUGGUUUUCUAUUUUUCGUGCAUACUUCUACUAUUGUAUCAUACCAUACAAUUAUUAUUUUAGGUUACCCUAAGUUUAGGAGGAGCUUUUGUUCGCAAUUAUAAUCAGAUCUAGUUGGGCUAAGAUUUAGUGUAAAAACACAUUUAUUUUAUACAUAUGAAAAAAGCUUUAUUUUUGGAA